AGAAUGGCCAUGGGAUGGUUCUACUUGUCCUUCUACUCACUGUGGUUCCUGGGCUUGAUGUGUAUCAUCCUCACCAUCUAUUGGAUGCAUUUGUGGCAUGGUGGCUUUGCCUGGGAUGGCACCAUUCUCAUGUUCAACUAUCACCCAGUGCUCAUGGUUGUUGGCUUAGUGGUACUCUACAGUGCUGCCUCGCUGGUGUACCGCCUGCCGCAGUCCUGGGUAGGGCCCAAGCUGCCAUGGAAGAUUGGCCACGCGGCCCUGCACCUGCUGGCCUUCAUCCUGACCGUGCUGGGGCUGGUUGCCGUCUUUCAGUUCCACCGCCACUCCAAGGUCGCCAACCUCUACUCCCUGCACAGCUGGCUGGGCAUCGUCACCGUCUUCCUUUUUGCCUGCCAGUGGUUCCUGGGCUUUGCCGUCUUCCUGCUGCCCUGGGCGUCCAUGUGGCUGCGCAGCCUCCUUAAACCCAUCCACUUCUUCUUUGGCGUCAUCAUCCUCUCCCUGUCCAUUGCGUCUGUCAUUUCUGGCAUCAAUGAGAAGCUUUUCUUCAGUCUGAAAAAUUCCACCCAGCUAUAUUCCAGUCUGCCCGGUGAGGCUAUCUUUGCCAACAGCCUUGGGAUGCUGGUGGUGCUCUUUGGGCUCCUGGUUUUUUACAUCCUCCUGGUUUCAUCUUGGAAACGCCCAGAGCCAGGGAUCCUGACUGAAGGACAGCCCCUGUUGCCUGAUGGGGAGUGAGCCAGGAGCAGGUGGAGGUGCUUCCCCUCAGUAGCUCUGCUCUGCCUGGGACUCCUGUCUGGUUACAGCAACACUUGCCCUGGGCUCCGGGCCCAGAUGUCUUCUGGCCUCCAUGCGGGGCCUGCUCCCUCCACCAGUGUGCUGCCCACCGCUUUGCUUGGUGGCUUCAGCUUCGUGCUCCUUCCUGGCCUCAACUUCUCGGUCUUCAUUUACAUAUGGCCCCCCUGGCCCCACCACAGCUGCUCCUGCUGCCCC